AGUUUAUUAUGAUGUCUCGCUAUCUUCCAACUUGUGAUUCUCUUACAAAGACGGGAGCUUCGUGGGUUCGAUAGAUUAUCUCGUCACAAGGAAAGCUAGGCGUCUUGACUGGAACCUGUGUAAUACAAUCCGUUUGGUGAGAUGGAGGAACAGUUCAUACUUAGGGUUCCACCCUCUGUUUCAGAGCGAAUCGAUCGGCUCUUGAGCGAGGAAGCUUCUACUUCCGACGAGAUCCCUCUAGAUUUGUGCUUCUCAGAGGAUGGGAGAAGCGGGACGUUUAUGAUUGGAAACGAAGAGUUCCCGGCUUCUCUUCUGGAUCUUCCUGCUGUUGUUGAGUCUUUUAAAACUUAUGAUGAUUCUGCUUUAGUCAAAACUGCUGACAUUGGCCAGAUGAUCAUGGUUAGGGAGCCAGGUGAUCCCACGCCUAAUACAGUUGAGUACAGACAUGGUCUUACUCCUCCUAUGAAGGAUGCUCGGAAGAGAAGAUUUCGCCGAGAGCCUGACCUUAAUCCGGAGCUUGUACAGCGCGUUGAGAGGGACUUGCUGAACAUCUUGAGUGGCAGAACAAUCGAAAACGGAAAUGAGCAGCAAGAGGAAACAGUUGCGAACGAGAAUGCAAAUAAGAAGGUCUCUUCCUCUUCACCUGCUACACCUGUUGAAAAGCCUGAAGAAGCUGCUGAGACAGGGACUAAUAAUAAUAAUAAUACUCCAGCGGAAGCUGAGCAGGAGAGAAGUGAUUCAGAAGAUUCGGAUGAUUCUAUGUGAAAGGUUAUGUAUGUAGUGAAUGAACAUCGGGAAAGCUUUAGGAUAUGCGUGUAACGUUUGAGAAACGAACCUAGCAAGGAUAGUGUAUGUCAACUGUCAAGAGUUUUGCCGUCAUGUUUACCACUUUUAUCAUUUAUUGGUUCAUGUUCAGAACAUUGUUCCGGUCUGGUUAUAAUAACUUUUAUUAGUUUGUUGGUUCCUGCUGAGCCAUCAGCA